GAUGAGGAAUGGUGCUCCGACUACAUGGUAUCCUCUUAUACGCCGACCAUCGGUGCUCUUCUGUCCGCGAGACAGGCGUAUACGCCAAUCCACCGGAGUAAGAUGCGUGCUUUGGUGGCCGCGGUACCACGAUCUUCCCUGCCUCGAUGGGCUGAUCUACUUUCCACGCGCGACGAAGUGGGUAUCGUCCGAGAUGCUCUACCAGAAGGAGUGGUCAUACCUCUGUACCCGGAAGACGAUGCCUUGACGGGAGAUGGUGGCGGAAUGAGGGCCGAGACGCUGCUCGAGAACCUUCCCCAGGCGAACAUUCUACACCUUGCGUGCCAUGGUCAUCAGAAUGCGGAAGAUCCUCUCAAAAGCGGGUUCGUCAUGCGGGACGAAAUGUUGACGAUUGAAAGGUUGACGAUGAUGCCGCUACCGAACGCGUUCUUGGGUUUCUUGAGUGCAUGCGAGACUGCAAAAGGAGAUAAGAAACAACCGGAUCAAAUCAUUCACCUGGCCGCUACAAUGUUGUUUGCUGGCUUCAAGAGCGUGAUUGCAACGCUGUGGUCUAUGGAGGAUGUCGAUGGGCCGCUCAUCGCCAAGUCGGUGUAUCGGGACAUAUUCGAUGGUGACAAGGAGUAUAUCGAUCCAGACGACGUCGCAUACGCACUCGAUAGAGCAGUGCAGGCGCUGCGUAGAACUCAUCCCGAUCCAUGUCGGUGGGCUCCAUACAUUCAUCUUGGUAUAUGA